AUGAAGAUUCUUACCAAGGAAGAAGAGGCUGAGCACUACAAUGCUACUUUGAAGGGUGGCAUUACAGGAGGUUUCAUUGGUCUCGCAAUGGGUGGCGCCGCACUCUAUGUAGCCAACAGACGAUUCCACACCAUCCGCAGUCUCACCAUUCCCAUGAAAAGUUUCCUCGUCUCAUCAUCCGGUACUUUCGCCGCCAUCAUCAGCGCGGAUCGCGCAUCUCGCUCAUACGAAUGGGAUCGCGACCCCUCGCGAAAUUACAAGGACAAAUCGACGCUCCUUCUCGAACAAGAAAAAGCCAACGAGACUCCUGCGCAGCGUCUCAAGGCAUGGGGAAAAGAAAACCGAUACUCAAUCGUUACCGCAUCGUGGGUGGCCAGUAUGGGAAUCGCCUUUGGGAUGGUUUCCAAAAACAAAUAUUUGACUGGAGCCCAGAAGUUGGUACAAGCAAGAGUCUAUGCGCAAGGGUUGACAUUGGCUGUAUUGGUUGCGUCAGCGGCAUUCGAGAUGGGAGAUGCGAAGAAAGGAACAGGAAGGUGGGAAACGGUUACGGUGUUGGAUCCAAACGAUCCGGAACAUAAACACUUGAUCCAGAAGAAGAUCCACCACGAAGCUUAUGAAGGAGAGGAUUUAUGGCGUGAUAUGGUAGAAGCUGAAGAGCGCCGCAUUGAUGAACGCAAGAGAGUAGCGGAAGAAAGAAACCACUCCUCGGGAAAGACAUCCCCGGGUAAAGAAAACAAGGAUAAAAUCUCUAUGGAGAUGAAGAGUGCUGGAAAAGUAGCAUUUGCAGAUGCCAAGGAAAGAGAAGAGAAGAACCAGGCCGAGCAAGCUGAAAAGGAAGCGGAUGCGAAAAACGAGUCGGCACAGUCUGAACCAAAAGUGAAUGGUAGAAAUAAGAUCUAA